UUACUUUUCCUUGUCCACUCGCGUUCGAAAUCGAAAAAAUGCGUAACAAUACUCAUUCAAGUUUGAACUGAAUAUAUGUUAAUACCAUUCACCGUUACGAAAAGUGGGUCAAGUAGUUUGAAUUUAGUUUAAACGAACGUUUAAUUACGAGCCGUUAUGAUUUUGUUGCAGUUUUCCUUGAUUUGUUACUUAUUUAGUGUAAGCAUAGACUGUGCUCCAGUUCCCAAAACAAAGCGUACUACACUGCCGUCGCCUAAAGUGUUAGAUUUUAUGAGACAAUAUGGUUACAUAGAGAAAGAUGAUGGACCUGCCGAAGCACUGUAUACAGAAAAUGGAAUUUCAGAGAUAAUAAAAACUGUGCAAAGAUAUGGAGCAAUAGAAGAAACUGGAAAAAUCGACAAUGCAACUUUAAAGUUAAUGUCUUCGCGGCGUUGUGGAGUACCAGACGUUAUAAGACACAACAACCGCAGAAAACGAUAUGCUUUGGGUUCAAAUGGAUGGGAACAUCGCAAUAUAACGUAUUACAUAUCAAAUUGGCCACCUAGACUGGGAGAAUACAAAGUCGUAAAGACUAUUCAACAAGCUUUAGACACAUGGGGUGCUUAUGCAAGACUGAAUUUUCAACGAGCACCUACUCAGGAUGCAGAUAUAGUGGUUUUAUUUGGAGCAGGUGACCACGGUGAUGAAUUUCCAUUUGAUGGCCAGGGAUACGUACUAGCUCACGCAUUUUUUCCUCUUAAACAGUAUGAUAAAAGUGGAGAUAUUCAUUUUGACGCAGAUGAAAAAUGGGUGGACAGAACGGACAAAGAUUCUGAAGACGGGACAGACUUUCAUGCUGUUGCCCUGCAUGAACUUGGACAUUCUUUGGGUCUUGCUCACUCCCCAGUUUCAAGUGCAGUAAUGUUUCCCUACUACAAAGAAUAUGACCCAAAUUCACCGUACCAAUUGGACUACGAUGAUAUACUUGGAAUGUACAAUUUGUAUAUUACGAGGGUGUUAGAUGAAGAUAAGCAGCUUCCCCAUGUUGACAGAGGAUAUGAAACAACGACUUCAGCCACUUCCACUGCCAGAUCCUCCGGAGUAACAGAUGAUUGGUACAGACAAUCUACAACAGACCAAACGGUUAGAACUAGAAUGCACCCAGUAACGACAACUACUGAGCGUUAUAGUACGGAAACUCAUCCAAUAACUGGAACAAGCACUUCUGUUACAUAUGAAGGGGACGACGAAACCGUCGACGACCAUCUUAAACAUGAUGGGAAACAUACAGUGCCAAACAGUAAUUCGCCAAGUUUACCAAAUAUAUGCGACGGUUAUGUGGAAGCUGUUGCUACUUUGCGUAAUGAACUUUUUGUAUUUAAACAACAGUACAUUUGGAGGUACAAAGAGAAAGGUAAACUGGGAAAAGGCUAUCCCAUAACCAUUUAUCAAAUGUUUCCCCAGCUGCCGAAAACCGUUGAAAAAAUUGAUGCGGCGUAUGAAAGACCAGACGGAAAUAUAAUACUGUUUACAGGUAAAAUGUUCUGGGUACAUAAUGGGCAGCAGUUUAUAGAAGACAGUCCAAAAUCUAUAACGCACUAUGGUCUUCCCGAUUACCUUCAAGAAAUAGACGCAGUUCAAACUUGGGGCAGAAAUGGAAAAACGUAUUUUUACAGAAGGGAAAGAUUCUGGAGGUACAACGAAACUGCCAAAGCCAUGGAUCCAGGAUAUCCCUUACACAUGGAAAGAUGGAAGAACAUACCAGAAAAUUUAGACGCUGCUACUACCUGGAAAGAUGGUGCAACAUACUUUUUCAAAGGAGAAUUGUUUUGGAAAUUUGACAAUUACUUUGUGACGGCUACAGAUGAAUCCCCGAUGCCAACGGCGCAAAUAUGGUUUGGAUGUGCUGAAGACGAACAAAAGAUGAUACGAUUGUUCCCGGAAAACUUCAGUUAAUAUCAUGUUUUCGUUUAAUUAGCUUAAUAUUAAGCUAACAUUAAUAGUAGUAUAAAUAAGAUAAGCUAAAAUUGACUGGUAAUCCCUAUAUUGACAAUGUUUGAACUUGAAACUGUUAUAUUUUAAAAUAAGUGUCGAAUGUUAACGCAUCCAAAAUUAAAUAAUUUUUAUUUAUAAGUGAUCUGAAAUCGUAUGCACUUUACUGACUCUCUUGUACUUCUUUAUGUUCGAAGGACAAUUUGAUCCACCUCAAUUUUGAGAACUGGGAGGAAAUAGAGAAAUAUGUAGGUGUGACAUCCUGUCUAUGCGAUGAAUUUACAAAAUAUACAAUCAUAUAUCUUUGCCUAACUACUAUAGUUAAUAUAUACAGGAUGUCCCAUAAAUAAGUGUAAAAAUUUUAACUUAUUAAAACCUGUUAAUUUUGAGGAAAACAUAAUUUUAAAAAACCCCAAAUUUUUGUUACUCACCACUGGAGCAUAAGCUGAAAUGUUUCGUUGAGUUCAUAAAAAACAGAACAAAACACAAAAAAUGACAGUUAGUGAUAGAAUUUACACCAGUUUUAAGAUAUUAAGACUUCAUUUUAAAUGCGUGGUUCAAAUUUUGGAACUUAAUUCUAGGACACCUCAUAUAUUAC